AUGCCGUUGAUAUCCCGAAUAACUCAUCCAGAUGAAUUGCCGCUUCAGAACGGGAGUGUGAUCAUCCAUCUACCUCCAGGACCGUUGUUCACGCAACCUGAAAUUGCCGAACACGAGACAUUUGAAAUCUCCAAGCAACGUGACCAUGGCUCAGUCUCCCCUGGAAAAAGCGCUACCAGCUUGUCGCUGGCGCAAGAUCUCGCAUCUAGCACUUUCUCGACCAUAGUAACCAUUAAUUAUCGGCUGGGCUAUUCUCCAUUCCCAUCUCAAGAAGCACAAAAGCCCGUAUCAAAUUCUGUGGCAGAUGCACCAACUAGCGCAGAACCAGCAUCGCCAGAAAAGAUUAUUCAUCAAUAUCCAACCCCAGUACAUGAUACCCUUGCAGGCUUCGAUUGGAUCCACCAAUACCUGCGGCCGAAGCGCCUCGGGGUCAUCGGCACGCACAUCGGCGGCUCGCUAGCCAUAAUGCUUUCCCUUACAGAAGCACAAUCCGUCCACGCUGUCGCAGCACUCGAACCAGUCUGCGACUGGACUGGCCUUGACGAGCAUUGUCUACUUACUAUGCCUGAUGCCGCAGAGUCGAGUCCGGCAACUAUGUCGACGGCAGCCCCAGCAGCCGACGUCAUAACUCAGAAGAAGCGAACCGCAGCGGCCAGAACUAGUACACCACCCACCGCCCCGCACGACUUGAUCCCCCUUCUCAAAGCUCGACGAUCAUACUUCACAGCCCCAGAACGAUACUUCGAUGCUUUCGCCUCUCCGAUUCUCUUCCUCCGUUCCGCGGGGAAAGACGUUCCCCGCACAUUCCCCGAGUAUCUGACAGGACCGGAGUAUCCGAUUCCCGUUCUGCAGCCGAAGACAUCGCAGGAGAUUUUUGAGGAAAGCAUUUACAAAUAUUACCCCUCGUUGUCGGACAGCAGUAUGUCGGCUUUAUCAGCACACUCUGAAAGUCCAGCCACAUCACCCCCACUGUCGCCCAUGCUGGCAUACCUCAGCGAGGAGGCCGCCGCUGCCGCUGCCGCUGCCACCGCUGAAGAAGAAUAUAUGGAUGACGAGGAAACAAAUCAGACCGCCAUCCGUCGCAGAAAGUCGGUCUCGCGAUGGCCGCCGUACGGACUUGAUUACGGAAUUAGCGGUCCGGCGGUGUUGAACCACCCCAACCGAGGAGUCAAGCGCUUGGAUGUGACACUACCGUGGGUAAGGGUAUUUGCUCGCGGUGAAGCCGUCGAGAAGACGGAGCCAGGAGCUCCGGCCCCGGUUCAGAAGACCUUAGCGAAGCGAAAGUCCACUGCGGCUAGACGAAAAACCCACUCGGAGCGUGUCCUGGUGCAACAGGCGGUCGAUAUGGUGGAUGUUAUGCAGCGAGCUUGUUUUUGGGGUCGGGAGAAGGGGUUCGGGGAGAGCAGAGCCACACUUGUGACGGUUGGGGCGGAGACCUGGCCUACCUCCGCAGAGAGAUAUGCUGGGGAAUGGCUGCGGGACGUGAUGAUGGAGACUGAUAAUGCUAAAACAUGA